AUGUUGAUGUUCGGCAAGAACUCUAGUGAUACACGUGCUAAAUUAGAACGUAAAUUAUAUUUAGCUAAGGAGUCCCCGGAGCCAGACUUUGAUAUAUCAGGAUGUGAACUGCGGCAUUUACCGUCUGGGAUUUUUUCUAUAUGUAAAGUAUUUAGAAAGGAUAACUUGUAUCUGCAAAAUAAUUGCUUGAAUUCAUUGGAUCAUGGUGGUCAGUUGUCUGAUUUGCAUCACAUUAAAAUUCUUGAUUUAAGCUGUAAUAGAUUUUUACAUUUGUCAAAUGACAUAAGAUAUCUAGUUAAUCUAACUGAACUAUAUAUUCAUAGUAAUCUCUUAAAAGCAAUCCCCGAAAAUAUCAAAUACUUGGAAUGCUUAAGAGUUUUAGAUGUGUCAAAUAAUAAGUUAACUAGCUUGACAACAUCAUUAGGUAAAUUACAAUGUUUAAAUACAUUGAAGAUUACUCAAAAUGAUGAAUUAAAUGAGCUUUGCCCUGAACUGUGCUUAGCUCGUAACUUAGCACAUAUUGAUCUAGAUGGAGAAAAGUUUACUUUUCCUCCCUCUGAGAUUGCUAUGAAAGAUACAGAAACUAUUAUGAAAUUUUUGUGUGAUGCAUUAAACAUUGAGUAUGUAGUUCCUUCAUAUGUAGAAUCUAACAUAUCUGUUCGUGAUGUAAAUAGAAUUGGAAACCUCUUUUCUAGAAGGAAUACUACAUCUUGGGAAGAACAAGAGAUAGCAAUUAUUGAACGGGAGAAAAGGAUACACAGAGCUAAUCAACAGCAAAGAGAUAAAUUUCUUUCAAAAAUCAUUCAAGAACAGUUGAAUUUAGACUCUGAAAUAGCUAAAGUUCAUGAAGAUAAAGAAGUUGAAAGGCAGAGAUUAAUUAAAGCUAUACAAAAAGAUGAAAAGGAAAUUGAUGUUAUUGUUAAGAAAUUUAUUCAGUCUGAUGGUCUUAAACCAGAAAUUAUUCAGCAACAACUUGCCUAUGAAAAGGCUGAACAUGAUAGGUUACUUGAAGUUACUCGACAAAACUAUGACAAUAUAAAAAAAGCUGAUGUAUUAAGAGCAAUGAAAAAUCUUAUUAGAAAUGAAAACUCUUUUCAGUUUUUUUUGAGAAAUUACAGGGAUAAUUUAAACAAUAUCAGAGAAAAUGUUGUUAUUCGAGAAUUAGAAAAUAAUGUAAAGUUAUCAGAAUUUUUGGAUGCUAAAGAUAAUUCACGAACAGUCUUAGUUCAACAACUUCUAGAAGAUGAAGAUAUCCAAAAAGCUAUUGUCACAUCUUUGCUGGAAAAAGUUGAUUCAAAAACAUGGAGCUUAAAUCAAGAAAUAUCUUUUAUUUCAUCCAAUUUAGCAAGGUUGAGUGCUAUUGAACAAGAGAAGAAAAAAUUACAUAUUGCAUAUAAUUACAAUGAACUGCUACAGCAACGAGUACAGCUAGUGAAUUUAUUGGAUGAUUUGUUUGAACAGAAAACCAAGAGGAGAAAGCAACUUAUUGACACAAUCAGAGAAGUUGAGUUUAAAAAGGAUAUGAGUACAGAUUUUUGGUUAAAAAAUUAUCAAAAACUAAUUGAUUCUGCUCCUAAAAACUUGCUCGGUGUUAGUAAACAAUUAGAUCCUCUAUUAGCAAAUUAUCUUCUACAGGAAGAUGUCAUACAUUGCCUGCCUUUUCUGGUAAAAUUUUUAUUUUCUGAUGAGUCAUUAGCAAACAUUACCACAGAUCAAUUGAAAGACAAUGGUGUUACACUUUCAGUAGAUAGGGAUGGUAUAGUUAGAGCUAUAAAACUUUACAUGAGUUCAAAACUUUCUGAACAGCAGAUGGAAGUGAGUGGUAGAUCUAAUGAUUUUCAUCCUAAUGCCCCAUAUAUUGAUGAUGUUAAUAAACGCAAUUGCUCAGGAGUAUUAGACACAGAAAAAGAUCAAAAUAUUCAAGAAGGAGAGUGUGUUGUUUGUAUGGAUGCCAAAUCAGAAGUAGUCUUUAUUCCAUGUGGUCAUAUGUGUUGUUGUCAAAGUUGCGGAAUGCAACAUAUUGAUUUGUGCCCUAUGUGCAGGAUAAAUAUAGAAAGAAAAAUUAAGGUCUUGAUUUCAUGA